CAAAUAUCCUUGGAUAGUAGUUAUUACGUAGUUGCUUGGAUUCCAUGGGAGCGGAAAACCUGCUUUGAAGUGCAAAAAAUCAUACGUAUAUCUACUUCGCUUAGAGAGUGUACGAGAAAUGUUUACAAUAACUUAAACAUCCCCUGUUUGAAGUUUUGACUUCUUGGGAACUUCAGGGUUAUCGUAUUAUGAAGUUGGACAAAGCGACCAAGUUAAGGCUCUCAGUUUUGCUUUAUUUUCUUAUCGUCGAGAUCUAUCCAGUUGUGGUUUCUCAGUGCUCUGGGAACAGUUACGUCGUCCCAGAUCAGCUGCGUUGUACAAACCUGAAUGUAGCAGCAACAGCGAAUGGCGGAAGUUGUGUCGAGGCCACCACUCCUAGCCCCGACUGCAACCUUACGAUAGAUGGCCGCGCUGAGAGUGGCAACAAUGUUUAUGAAUGGUGGGCCACGGGCGGCCUCGGUCAUUUUAUCAAGAUCCAAUUCGCAAGAGAAUUCACCAUCGAUACACUGAGGAUAAUGCAGAGAGCAAGCGCAGUUGAACAGAAUCAAAAAUUGCUAUUGGAGUUUUCCGACGGCUCAUCCACUAAGGUUUCGCUGUCAAAGAACAAUGGCGUGGAUUAUAAUGCUGCUGCUGGCUGGGAUGUGAGGCACAUCCCACGCGUCAGCGCCUCCUGGGUCAAGAUAACAGUCACAGCAGUCUACAGCACCUUUAAUAACGGCUUUAAAGAGAUUGAGUUCUACAACAGCAUGUGCAACAAAAAUAAGAUGUGCGACAAACUUUUGCUUCCCGCCGGCAAAGAACAUCGUGCAACUCCCUUAUAUGGCAAAACUCUAUCGUUCCACGUUAAAGCAGCCUCGUUUCGGCUCAAGCUUUCUUCCAAUGUCUUAUCAAGUGCCGAAAGAUACACUUUGGAUAUUGGCUCCACGACCUCCAUAAAACGCUUUGACGGCUCUACGGACGUUGAAAAGCUUAAUAUUGCCACGUCUGGCAUCACCUCAGCCGAAAAAAGGAUGGUGUUUUGGGUGGAUUUUCGCAGCGCUAACCUAGUGUUAGGUUCUGGAGCUACCGUUAUAGCUCAAUGGACCGAUCCCGACCCACUGGAAGUUGGGUACUACAUUUUCCAAGCACUCGGUGAUAGCAUGGAUGUUGUCGUGUGCAAUCGAGAAGACAAAUGCUACACUAAUGCGGACCAUUUCUGGCCGCUAGAUACAUUCCUAGGUGGCAUGGCAAAAGAUUUUUACGGCGCAAAACACGGAGAAACCAACAUCACCUCAUUCGAGACCUAUAUUUACUUCCACAACUCAGGCGUAAAAUUUGCGCACGUCACGUCGCUCAACUCGCUGCAGAAUGUUGUUUCCCUCGGUGAUUUUGCUUCAGACUGUAUCUCUGAUGUCGAUCGUUGUGAAGGUCUCACCGUGGCGUUCUGGUUUUCGGUGCCCUCGUACUCCGCCAGCGAUCCAGUCAGCAUCCUAGCGUCACGUAAUUCAACCGACCGCGGCUUCGAGAUUAAGUACGAUACGAGCACAGAGAUGCUGAUCUUCGACGUGUAUUCCGCUUCUUCCAGGCACCACAUCGAGGUUAAACAUGCCAAGACGACUGUCCAGCAUUACGCGAUGAUAUGGCGCGGAAAAGAUAAACCUAUGCAGGUCACUAACUAUGUUGGCGAUUACUAUGAAGCAGUUAUGACUGAUGUAUCGAGUGCUGAUGACGGUUACACUUAUCUACGCCUUGGGCGGAAAGACAAAGAGCAAGGGCAGUUCUACAUGUCACAGCUCGCCAUCUGGAAAAAGGCUCUCACUACAGAUCAGGUCACUCAAGCUGUUGUUUGUUCUGGAGUCACGCCGUAUAUGAAUAUAGUACAGUUCGCAGUGCGAGCCUGUGGAUGGAGUGGUAUCACUCAACAUGAAUGUGCCUGGCUAGGCUGCUUCUGGUUCAACUCGGCUUGUAAUAUAAGAGCGGCCCCUUACAUGCUUGGGGUUUAUGGCCAUACCACCUUCUUGGGAGAUAAAUCCUUCACCGCUACCUCAUACGAGAGCAUCGACACGAUACCAGUUCGUAGCAAAAUGCUUGGAGGUGGCGCUUGGUACGCAUCUCCAAUGGACACUAAGCCAUGCCUUGACAUUGACUUGCUGGAGAUAAGGAAAGUUUAUCAAGUCUAUGUUAUGGGUAGCGGGGCUGCCGACAAGGUUCACUAUGUCACGAGCUUCACACUGGCCCACAGCACGUCAUGCGCAGCUUUUACCACAGUGCAAGAGAACGGGGCAGAUAAGGUCUUCACUGCAAAUGUUGACAGCACCAGCAAAGUAAUAAUGUCUCUUCCAUCGCUAAUUGAUGCGCGAUGCGUUCGCAUCUGUCCUAUCAGCUGGCAGGGGAAAGUUGCCCUUAAGGUUGAUUUAUCAGUUGAGGAGGCCCCUGUACUCUUCAAAGGUUGUAACAAGGGGAACUCAGACUACACUCCUGCAGGCGACUACGACAAGUCAACGCUCACUCCUGAUCGCUGUAUCCAAAUUUGCGGCAAACUGGGGAAAACAUACGCCGCACUACGCAACGGGGUCGAGUGCUUCUGCUCUUCGACUUUUACAAGUGGCGACAACUUGCCCCCUUCCUUCUGUAACGAUCCUUGCAGCGGAAACAAGAUUUCACGGUGUGGAGGCAGGAACGCAUACAGUGUUUAUUCCGUCAUUGGUAGCUUUGACACAGCUUUCAGUUGCAACGUCCCCGCAACCUCUGCGAGUCUCACCUUUGUAAACGUCAGUUGCACUAGUUCGGCUGCCACUCUAUUUAACUUCGGAAAGACGCAUCCAUUUCAGUCGAGGAGCAGCCAGCUUACGUACAGCUACCAUUCAUCUUCCUGGACGGUAGAUUUCAGGGCUGAGUCGUUCGUGGGAGACAAGGGUGCAAAAGAGAUGGUUGUCUAUGAGAGUAAAACUAAGGUCCAGGACCCCCCGGUGGGUGAACAUGGUUGCCCUGCUGUUGUAGAGGCAGAGAAGGAGUUCUGCUGUGUGCUGUCCAUGUCGCAAGGGUCAGGGAUGAAGUUGCAGGGGCAGCUGACUGGUGGAUCUGCUGUUGAUACCGAUAUUUGCGAUGUGUAUGGUCUUUCGUCUGGAGAGAUCUUCCCUUCACCUCCUGGUGGGAGCGCAGAGCCAAUCCCAGGCUCGGUAGAGGUUGUCCCUGAGCUCUUAGUGGCCGAGGAAGGCACAUUUGUUGGGUUCGAGGUCGUUGUGGAACGCGGUGGCUGCGUGGCCGUGAUGGUGCUUCGUCCGAUUUGUGGUCGAGGAGUGUCAUUCACCCAUUGCUACCAAAACGGGACAUGUGUACCCCAGAUCGCCUCCUGCUCGAGGGCGGCAGCGUGCUCCUCCAGCGACACAUUUGCCACAGACGUUGGUCUCUGCGUCUUCAACCACACAAUUUCAGAGAACACCGUCGUUACAGCUCUCCACGACAGCCACGAGGUCGUUAACAUAAACUACGUUUGCUUUUCUGGCCCUGGUCGUCAGAUUGUAAAUUUCCAUGAGAGUAACUUCACCGAUGUAAAAGCAGGAGAUAUCCAUGGUUUUAUGUUCCCAUCAAACGGAUCAACCAAGGUCUCGAGCCGAGUCUCCAACGCAACCAGCAGUUCUCCUAAGGUUGAGAUUCUACGCUACAGUGGUGCUGCUUUUACGAAGGGUGACAUUUUGUUGAAGUCAGGGGGCUUGGCUGAGCUAAAGCAGUAUUCCUUUAUAAGGUACUAUAGAGUUAAAUGCGAGUUUCUACUCUGCCAUCAAUAUCCCAUUGGCGUUUACAACGAGGAGAUGACCAUCAAGACAUCACAUUCUUCAGAUCUCAUCCUAAAGCCUACGAUCAUUGCAACGACUCCAAUAGAUGGCAUUAACUGCACGUUUUCUGAAUUCACUACGCCUAAUACGACGUUUACAAUCUCAAUUGAUCCACAUCUUGGCUAUAACGUCACCUACGAUGUGCGCUUUGGCAACGAUGAUAAUCAGACUGUGUUUGUUACGACCGCAGACACGCCCACCCUCCUUUCUACUGUCUAUACCGAGAAAGGAUACUUCACAAUCGACCUAUCUGCAUCUAAUCAGUUAUCAUUUGUUCAAAAGCAAUGUCCUAUUCGUGCGAUGGACGCCAUCGAAACGAUAGACUUUUACAGGCCGAUUCCACCGACCUCGUGCACAAAUGUAACAAAAGCCUGCUUUGUUGUCAAAAGGGGAGAUGAUGUCAACGUAACGGUAGAUUACGGAGACGGUGAAACCUUCGUAAACGGGUCCUUUGACAUCGGUGGCCUUUUUAUCGGGUGUGUCAAUCACACUUACGCAAACAUUGGAUUAUACGAUCUUAAUAUCACUGUCAUGAACCAGGUCUCGAACGCUUCAGUAACCCAAAUGAUUAUCGUGGAAUGUCCAGUGGAAGAUCUGGCAUUCACAGUUGUCCACCCAAACAGAGACAUCGAAGUGAACGAAACAAUCUGCCUUGAUAUUACCAUGACACGUGGCACCACGCCCACCUUUACGAUCGAUUGGGGAAAUGGCGCCAUUGAUGAAACCAUGGACCCCAAACCCUGCCAAUCCUACAACCCGUACCAACUCUACAAUAUCAGCAUCUCCGCGUUCAACAACGUUAGCAGAGAGAAUGUGACCCAAGAGAUCCAAGUCCACAAGCCAGUUUUUCCGUUGGAAAAUUUUGACAUCGAGUGCCCCCCUGCGAAUACAACCCACCCGACCCACUGCAAUCUGACGAUUGACGGAGGGAAUGACUUCACGUGUACGUGGGAUUUUGGUGAUGGUUCAACGUUAGAGACUUCGUCACUGGAUUUGGGGAAUGAGACAUUGCACACGUACGCUACUAUCGGACAUUAUAUGGUUUGCAUCAACUGCACCAAUAGACUCUACAACACAACCAACUGUACUGAGGCGAUAGUCGAGAAUCCCAUUCAAGGGUUCCUGAAUCCCAACCCUGUAGGCCAUGCCUUGAGCCACGCCCUGGUACACACGAUGACAGUUACCGGGGGAACCGACACGAACUACACGCUUACCCUUGUCAAUAUCCAUACGCACGAAAUAACGGAUCUGACAGCUAUUCUGGCAUACCCAGAUGAUCGUCUCCGUGCUACCGCAACAAUAACCUUUACUGCUAUUGGCCAGUACACACUCAAUGGCACUGCAUGGAAUCGGGUCACUCCAGUCCAGGAACAAAUUGUCCAGCUUAACGUUGACAAGAUCAUAACAGGGGCCCUGUUUGAACUGUCGAGUGGCCCCUAUUUUAAGCAUCUAGACUUGACAACUUUCCAGUUGACAAUGACCCAGGGUUCGAACGUUUCAGUGUAUAUUGAUUAUGCGAAUGGACAGUCGAGAAACGAUUUCUUCCUCGGUGACUUUCAACCGUUCAUCUUCAACUAUCAGUACCCUGCGGCAGGAGAUUAUUACGCUACGCUCUUUGCUAACAACAGCGUAAGUAACGUAACCCUCCAGGUGAACGCGAGAGUACAGAAUCCUCACCUGCAGAUUGCGGUCACGACUAACUCGCCCCAGCUCCUACCACCUGGUCAGGUGACAGUCAAUGUUGUCGUAGCAGAGGGAACUCUCCUUCCCACCAACUCCUCGUGUACUAUUGAUAAUGGCAACAACGAGGUGGUCACCAAGCCCUUUGAUGUCCGCACACUUUCCCACGUGGUCGAGUACUCCGUCAAUAACAGCUACACUGUAAAUGUCACGUGCAAGAAUGACGUAGACGCCAUCACAUUAGUAACCGAUGUUGAAGUGCAAAAGGAGAUUAAGGGUUGUACCAUGAAUGUGUUGAACUCUGGUGGAGACCAGGGCAAGGAUAGCCCAGGCGUCGGGGCAAGUAAAAAUAUUUUCCCUGUAGAACAUCCGGUGUUAUUUAACGUCAGCUGCUUAAACGGAACCAACAUUACUUACACAGCUUCGUUCGGUGAGCCAAGGGCUCGGAGAUCUAUAAACACGGUGAGCUCCACUCGAGGGUUUUUUAGUCAUAAUUACUCUUCUCCGGGCACAGUUAGACCGAGCAUUAUGGUGUCAAACGCAGUCAGCAGUGUGACGAUCUACGCUUCAAGUUCAGCCACCAUGAACAUUAACGAUAUCGUUUUGUUGGAGAGUGUUGAGGGAGUAGAGGUCACUAAUGAUGGCCCAAAGAAGCUUGGGGAGUCCAUCGAGUUCACCAUCACGGCGUCUCAGAAAGGGACCUCUGGAUGUAUUGCUGUGGAUCUUGGUGACGGCACGAGACAUCUGUACAAGGCAGGGUCAGACGUCAUCUGCCAGCCAGAAUGUAACAUCGCAUCUUUGCCCUCAUCGAAUAUUCAUAUUAUCACGGGUUUCCCCAUCAGGAUCACGCACGUUUUCGAAAGGACAAACAAUUACGGCACUAAGGUCACUGGCUGUAAUAUGGUCUCCUAUAGGCCUGCUAAAGGUUUAUUGGAUGCAGUCGUGGCUAAGAAACCGUGUAGCUACCCUAGUGUCAGCAUCACAGAAUCCCAGGCAAACCAGAGCAAGUCAUUUCCUACGGAGUACACCAAGGCACAAGGAAUAUCCAUCACUGCCCUAAUACGCCUCAACUGCUCGGCAACCAGCAAUACGAAUAAGAGCUGGUCGCUCUAUAAAUGUUCCAACGAAGGACCAGAGAUGAACUGCAUUUUCUAUCGAAGCGAUUUUCCAAACAAUGUGAGACUGGAUAUUUCUCGCCGAACCUUGGACUAUGGCAUUUAUAAAGUCGAGGUCAAUGUGACAAUGGUAGGCAACGACGUAGUCCCGGGUAUAUCUAAUAAAGCUUUUGGUUUCUUCAGAGUUAUAAAAUCUCCACUGUUCUGUUCAUUUGGUGACACAGCCAAGGCAGUUGGGUAUAGAAAGAGCUUUGUCGCCGACGCCUCCCAAUGCCACGAUCCGGAUGUGGGAGAGGGGGCCUAUGAAACAACAGAUUUUGCCGUUUUUUGCUUGGAUUCUGAUGAUGACUUAGUGAUUAAUAAGACCUCCAUAAAUUUACCCGCCCUGCCGACCGAACCCCAUCCGUAUUACUCCCAGUAUAAUAGCUCUAAUGGGACAGUCGAUAACAGCACGGUGCUUGGAGGAUGCUUUGGGUACGGUAAUGGUCGGCUUAACGUCACAAGUAGAUCCCUCACACUUAAGACGUCGGCAAUGAAGACGGGAAAGAAGUACAAGCUGAUGGCGAUGAUCUGGAGCCUUAUUGAAGGCGACUCACGUAUGGCCAUAACUACCAUGGAGAUUGAGAUUGUACCGGGAGACCCUCCGCAGUCCAGUAUCACGUGCGUUGGCGGUUGCGGAACGAAGAUUAAUCCAUCAGACAGGCUCCCAUUACUUGUCAAUGUCGCUUGUGACAACUGUGGAAUGAUUAGUUUUGAGUGGCUAAUCUAUUGCAGAGAGAAUUCAACCCAAGAGUGGCAGUUACUGUCGGACGUAGCUGCCAUGACUACCACAGGAACAAGCUCACAGAAUUUGGUGAUUAACAGCAAUAGUCUUCGGGGUGGUUACGAGUACAGGUUUAGGAUAAGGGCAACAGCCGUCAUGACACAGUCCACUGGGUAUACAGAAAAACAGGUUGUCGUCAACGUUCCUCCGUAUGAUGGCUUUUGUAAAAUCACGCCAGAGUCAGGUGAUCAUACCGAGACAUACACUCUUUACUGCGAAAACUGGAACGACGAUGAUGUGGACACGCUGCACUAUAAAGUUUACCUCGUAAAUCCCGAUACACAUAUCAGAUCCCCCAUUUGUUCCAUGACAGGUGAUCCAUCGAACAUGGCCGCCCGUGUCAGCACUGAAUUCAGUUUGCUACCGGGUAAAGAAAGCCAUGGCUUCAACCAGACCAUCUUAGUGAAAGUAUGCGACAAGUACACCAGCUGCACAGAUGUGAUUGUCAUUACAAAGGUGACCCAGAAGCAGUUAUCAAUGGCCGAGGCUGCGGAGGCUGUGGACCCCAGCAAACUUCUUCUCGCUGCUGGUUCACAAAGCACGACCAUGUUUGCUGCCACCCUAAGCACGGCGCUUACCGCGGCAGGCUCGCUCGCCACCGCAGCAUCGGACGCUUCGGAUGCAAACAGCCUUGCAAAGGCAGAAGAAGCGCAAAGGAUGAUUAUGGAUCUUGCUGUCUCGAUGCCGAUAUCUAGUCCUGAGGACGUUACAGCUCAGAUGAGUGUUCUUUCAAUGUCGACUACUUUAGAUGAAAAAACUAAGACAGCACUCCUCGAAAACACUGUUACUAACGCUGGGCAGAUCAGUAACCUCGAUUCCGAAGAGGAGAAAGAGCAGUUUACCAUGUCUGUUCUCUCCGUAGUGGUUGAUGUCACCUUUAAGGUACCCGUUGUCCCCGCAUCUGACGAUUCCUCUUCAUCGUCAGGGAGUGUUGCAGCCAGUUCUGAUGGAACGUCAGUCACUACUGUGGUAUCACCAACAUUAAGUCCCGAGGAACUUCAGCAAAAACAAGAAGCUGAGCGGAACAAGACAAAUGCCCUAAUGAAAAUUAUAGGCAGUCUCCAAGAUGGUAUUCUUGAUUCUAUUGUGCCAGGCGAGGUAGCGAAAAACAUCAAAGCGGGAGCAGCGGAAAUCACGACAAAAAAAGACACUGCAGAUACCCUCGGGACCGUGGCGGGUGAAAGCGCUAGCUUUGAGAGAUUAGAUGGCUUAUUUUCGACGGAAAUUACAAUCUUUAGCAAGGGAAGCACCCUGGAAAAUAACCCACACUUACAGGACCCAAACGCUGCCAACAUGGGUGGUAUGGCCACCCUGGAAAUGGAAUAUCCGAAUGGAACCAAAAUCGACGUUAGCAACACCUCGAAGCCAAUUGAAGUGCGGAUUGUACAAAAGAAUUUCAAGGCAAAGUCCAGCGUCCAUACACUUUCUCCAGGAGGAUGCAACUGCCACCUAGUGACUAUCUACAAAAACCACAGCACGCUCUUCAUAGAAGCUAUCCCUAACAUCCAAUCUCAGAGACUUGGGAUUUUCCUGAUGCGAGACUCCUGCGAUAAGGCAAACCACAUUGCUAAUCACACCACGCCCUCGGUCGACAACAGUACAUCGACGCCAGUGGAUAACACCACAGUGGAGGACCCUUUUCCUUAUCGCUUGUUUGCGUCCAAUGAGAUGUUGAAUCGCACGGCAGCGGGUGUGUGGAGGGUAUCAGUUUGUCACCUGUUGGAGAAUGCCCAGGGAGACAGUUCUGAAACCACCACAGCAGAGCCAACAGAGAGCGUCGCGGCUAACCUGAACUACACUCUCAAUACUUUCACUGCGUCUUGCUUUUUCUACAACACCACUACUAACAGUUAUGACACGACUGGUAUCACGGUUGGUGGGCUUACUACCCCAGAACUAUCGCAGUGCUUUUCCACUCAUUUGACGUCAUUUGCUAGCGAUUUCUUUGUCCCGCCUAACAAGAUCGAUUGGAGUAAAAUCAGCCUGGAUGAGCUGGCGAAGAAUCCCACCGUCUUUGCGUUUGUCUUGAGUAUUUUUGGUGCCUACUUCUUACUUGUUAUUUGGGCUAGAAGGGCGGACAGGAAAGAUCUCGAAAAGGUUGGUUUGGCGCCACUUCCGGAUAAUGAUCCACGUGACAAUUACCUCUAUGAGAUUGUUGUUUACACGGGACACGCGCGAGGAAGCGGGACAACCUCUGAUGUGCGAAUGGUUCUGAGUGGGGGUCUGGAUGAGACAUCGCCCCGGCAACUCAAGGACCCGGAUCCGAACCGCAGGAAAUUCUGCAAAGGUAACGUAGACUACUUCCUGAUGGCGGUACCGGCAAGUCUAGGGAAGCUACAGCAGCUUCGCAUCUGGCACAACAACAGCGGAACAAAUCCUGGGUGGUACUUGGCAAGAAUCAUGGUCCACGACUUACAGACGGAUCAGAAGUCUUGGUUCAUCAACGAUCGUUGGCUGGCUGUCGAAGAAGAUGACGGGAUGGUGGAGCGAACCUUGAGUGUUGCCGGCAAGAAGGAACUCACAAACUUCAAUCUUCUCUUCUCGACUGAAGCGAGGAAGAACCUAACUGACGGACACUUGUGGUUCUCAGUUGUGGCAAGGCCUGCAAAGAGUACCUUCACCCGGGUCCAACGGUUAUCCUGCUGCCUGUCCAUCAUGCUUUCUACUAUGCUUGCAAAUUGCAUGUUUUAUCAAGUUGACGACGAGUCAUCAACCGGGACAUCGGUUCACGUUGGUCCGUUUAGUUUCUCGAUGAAACAAGUCUCCAUCGGCAUCACCAGUAGCUUGGUCGUGCUGCCGGCGAAUAUCAUAAUCGUGACGAUCUUCCGAAAGGUCAAGCCACCGAAUGAUCCGAAGAAGAGCCUCAGCAAGGACCAGGACCCUCACAACCAAAGCGGCAAGUACCUGGAUCAACCCUCUCAGCUCAAAGAACCCGAGUAUGUUGAUGAAGAUGAAGAAGAAGAGGAACAUUCAGAUGAGGAGUCAAAUAAGGAUCGAAAAGAGAAGAAAAAGAAAGAGAAGGAGAAGAAGCCAAAAAAGAAAUUUUCCUUGGACCGCCGAUUCAUAUACGUCGCUUAUGCUCUAGUCUUCCUCUCAUCCACGGUCUCCGCGAUUUUUACGAUAUUCUACGGCUUGACAUUCGGUAAGGAAAAGUCCGAGGGCUGGUUGUCAGCCAUGAUGAUUUCUUUCUGGCAAGAUGUGCUGGUCUCGCAACCGCUCAAAGUGUUCGCCAUGGCGAUGUUCUUCGCCUUGGUGAUCAAGGAUCCUAAUAAGGCCGAAGAUGAUAAUGAAGGGAACCCAGAGCUCACGCAGGACGAGGAGCUAGUGCACGAUAAGGCUAAGAAUACUGAGGAGGAGAAGACACUUAGAAAACUCGGUUUCGUCGACAAGCCCCCGAAUCCAGAAAAACUGGAAGCAGCCCGCCAACUGAGACUUAAACAGAAAGAGAUGAAAAGCAUCAUUUACGAGAUUGUGCAAUACCUAUUCUUCCUCGGCAUUGUACUGGUGAUUGCUUACGGAAAUAGGGACCCAAUGGCUUAUAAGGUGACCACUUCCAUGGAGGACUACUUUGUGCAUACCAAAUACACAGGAAUGGAUCCUUUUGACUCAAGCUCAGACCCAAAAUCUUACUGGAGCUGGGUAACCACGUCCUUCCUACCUACGCUAAAGCCCCGAUACUGGUAUGGCCCGGUUGUGGACGUCAAUGAGACGUUCAUUGAAGGGCAGGAGAUACGAAAGGCCAGGACAAUACUCCGAGUCAAGCGCAAGAACUCAAAGCAAUGGACCACUGUCACCGGAAAUUACGUCAAGGACCCUAGUGUAUUGUAUGUGUACACAGAUGGAUUUACCGCUGACCGAGAGACUGCUUAUAUGGUGGGCUCACCUCGGCUCAGGCAGCUGCGUGUUAAGAAAGAUCAAUGCCAGAUGCUGAACUUCAUGCGGAAUCUGUUCGACGAGUGUAACGUUGCAUAUGAUUGGGACAAAGAAGAUAAAGAUGAUUACUUGACGGGAUGGCGACCAUACGGAACCAACGAUACAACUGACGAGAAAAACAAGACUCCGUGGAACUUCAGGAGCGCCUGGGAGCUCAAGGGCACGCCUUACUGGGGGAUGUUCGCCUCUUAUUGGGCGGGAGGUUAUGUGGCAGACUUCGGAUCCAAGCGGGACGACGCCCUCAAGAUCGCCGACACCCUUUCUUCACAAGGCUGGAUUGACAAGUACACGCGAGCCAUAUUUGCCGAAUUCACUAUCUACAAUGCGUACACGAACUUCUUCAGCGUGGUGACACUCCUAACAGAAAUCCUCCCAACAGGGGGAUACCAUCACUGGCCUCGGGUACAGACCCUGCGGCUGUACCGCUACAUCGGCCCCGAGAUGGUGUUUGUGAUGGCGUGUGAGAUCAUGUAUCUGGCCUUCUUGCUGUUGUUCCUUUACAAACAGGUCAAAAAGUACCGUGCUCUCGGGAGAAAGGAGUAUCUCAAGGAUCUAUGGAAUUACCUGGAGAUCUUAGUACUGUUGUUCUCCCUCUCCGCUAUUGGUCUCUACUUUGCACGCCUGGCUCUGACCAAGUACACCAUUGGAAACAUGAAGGAAACACCCGACCGCUUCGUUAGUUUCCAGUACGUCGCCUUCCUGGAUGAAUGGGUCACAGCAACCUGCAGUCUUGCAGUGUUUUUCUCUUUCCUCAAGUUUCUUCGACUUCUGAGGUUCAACCGAAAAAUGGCUCUCUUAUCGUCGACUCUAAAAGCCGCCGCAAAACCUCUCUUUUACUUCUUCGUUUACUUCUCUGUCAUCUUCUUUGCCUACGCGCAGUUUGGGUUUGUGGUAUUUGGCAUAUCUAUGGAUAGCUACGCGUCAUUCCAAGGCACCAUGGCGUCCCUGAUGGGUCUUACCCUCGGGGAUUUCGAUUUUGAUGAGUUGAAGCAAGCGAAUCGUCUUUUUGGGCCUAUGUUCUUCUUCUCGUACGUCCUUGUUGUCUUAUUCAUCCUGAUGAACGUCUUCCUUUCAAUCAUCGUGGAGACAUUCAACGAGGUUAACAGCGACGUUUCGAAGCAGGCGAACGACCACGAGAUUAUGUCGUUCAUGAUGCACACAGUCAAACAAAACAUUGGCAAACAAGUCGGACCAGCGAUCAAGCCUACUUAUGUUGAGCCCAAGACGAAGAUUGAACUGCAGAUAGACGACAUCGAGGAAAUAUCCGAAAACGUCCAAUACGCCCUUAGAAACGUCUGCAUGGAGGAUAUCCGUCAGACAAACUGGUUCGUCCCAGAGUCGGCCAGCCAAAAAAAGAAGAUUAUCAUGCAAAUGAUGAUGGAGGCGGAUGAGAAUUUCACAGAGAACGACAUCUGCGACGCCAUACCGGUCUUUGAUAACCUAAUCACUAAGAAGUCGCGGGAAGACUUGGUUCGAAUGCUUGUCAUGUACCGCGAAAAGCGCCGACUAGAGGAGUUAGAGAAUGCUCAGUCCGAGGACGACGCGGUUAGCAGCGACGAGGAGAAGUCUGGGGAUAGUGACGGAGAUAGUGGGGAGGACGAUUCGAGUGACGAGGAGAAGCCCACUGUCCCGCGGGCAACGAGUCGCCUCGAGGAGUCCAUUAUGGAUAACAUCGUGAGCUCGACCCCACGCCCUCGCAGCCAGGCGGAGAAAAACGAUGACGCCAUUAAAGAUCUCUACGGUAUCCAUGUGGAUUUGAACGACUCGUUCGCGUAAAUGAAACAUAUGCAUGGAUUGAUUUCCAAUAAUUUUUGCUUACUUACCCUUGCUCAAAUAUGCCGAAACUUAAGUAGUGUGUGUUCUGGGUGGCUAGCUUAUUCGACAGCAUUUGAGCUUACAUUGGGUAAAAUAAUUAAACCCUGCAUAUGUGCCUAAAGUAUAGUCAACCCCUAAUGCAUGUUUUGAAAAAGUGUUUAAGCACCAUGUUAUGAGCGUGAAACACUGCGUUGUUAGUUGUUUGUUCAUCGGAUAUUUGCACCUAACUAACAAUCAAUGAAAUGAGCUAUAUCGUA